AUGGUGUUGUUGGAAUGUGGAUUUCGUCACAUUUGGGCUGUGUUGUUUUUGCCAUUUAUGCUGUUAGAUGUUCGUCACAUAGUUGGAGCUUUCUAUUCCAUUCUUGGGCGUGUGUCUUGUGGAUAUUUCGGUCUCAGGAAUUUCAGGUGUAUAGGAAACUGUCUUUUGACUUUUACUACCGGCCUUGGGCAUGGCUU